UCUCACGGCGGGUGAGAGGCGGCCUCCCUUUCCUGCCCUCUCGCCCCGCCCCCUGCGCGGCGCACCCCCGGGCCGUUGCCAUGGCGACCCAGGGGCCAGAGCCGGCCUGCGGCGGCACAACCCGCCCGGUCUCUGAGGACCUGGCGGCGGCGGCGGCGACGACAGUAACAAGUCAUGGAACUUUCAAGAAACAACGUCGAGGAGACCAGGAAGCACACGGGCCUCGGGCGUUGCAGGCAUUUCUUCUGGCUGGGCGUGGUCUUCGACACGGUGGGCGCGACCGUGCUGUUCACCGGGGUCUUCGCGCACCUGCUCUUCUACGACCUGCUACUCUACCUGGGUUCCAUCAUCAUCUUCUUCAGCCUGCUGUGGUGGGUCUUCUGGUACACCGGCAACAUCGAACUGACUGCUGAAGAGUCCUUGAAGAGGCCCUUCCACGUGCCCUCCUCCACCACGGUGGACGCGCUGAGCCACCCUCUCUCUCACCUUCUGCAACAUGUCCACCACCUUGACGCGGAUCCGGCGGCGCUGCGGUCCCAGGACGUUCCUUCUUAGACCUGCUUCUCCGAGUAUGACCGUCACGUCCCGGCUCGAAAACCAGCUGGAGAAGGAAGACCAGGGCAAAGACGGACCGACAGGUGCCCUGGAGAGCGGAGACUUGCAAAACCUGGGCAGCGAGGAUCUGGGCCCCAAACCUGAAGCUGUCCGAAGUUCAGAGGGAGUUCGCUCCCCGGGCCCUGAUGCUGGGUCUCCGGGCCCCGAGGCUGGGCUGCCAGGGCUUGUGAAAGAAUCGUUUUUCACUCCAGACCAGCCUCAGUCCCUAGCCGUCCUCCCCUCCAGGAGCCUGCCUGUAAUCCCCUCGGCCUCUACCCGCCAGCCUCUAGCCGUGCGUGUUUCCAGGAGCCAGCCGGCGGGCACUCUUGCCUCUGCAGGCCAGCCUGUUGCCUCCUUGGCUUCUGCCAGUCAGCCUGCGCUCAUUGUUUCCUCUGAGAGUCAGCCUGCUGUCCCCUUGUCCUCGUUGACUCAACCUACAGUCCUCCUUGCUUCUCAGAGCCAGACUGCAGUGUCUGUGCUCCCUCAGAGCCAGCCCUUUGUGCCUGUGGCCUCUCAGGACCACUCCUUGGUUUCCGGAGCUUCUCGGGUCCAUCCCGUGGUGCCAUUGCCUGCACAGAGCAACCUCCAGGUCCUUUGGGCCUCUCAAAGCCACCCCCUGGUGUCUGCGGCCGCACAGAGCCAACUCCAAGUCCCACUAGCCUCACAGAGCCAACUGGAGAAUCUUCCUCCUGCCUCUCAGACUCCAUCUUCAGGUGCUCAGGCUUCCCAAUUGGAGGCCCUGGCCACCCCUGUGUCUCUCAUCCAGCUCCCAUCCUCCCAGUCUUUUCAGACCCAACCUGUGGCCCUGCGGGUCUCCCUUGCUGUCCAGGACUUUCGGGCCUUCUAUCACAGCCAACAGACCCUCCAGAGCAUCUCUUCGGUCCAAGAGAUUGCUCCCAGCCCGUCCGCGCUUGUCCAGGAGUUUCAGAGGAAGCCACUUGCCCAGGCUUUUGAGACUCCGCCACUAGCGGGCCAGGAGCUAAGUCAGGAACUCCCUGCCACCGCGUCCCCAUCCCGAGUCCCAGGCUCCAGCUUCUCAGGCCCAGCAAUCAGUGUCUCCUGAGACCACACCCACCCCUGACUCAGAGAAGACAAGUCGCCCUCCCUAGUACAGAACUGGACUCCUGCCAUCGGAGUGGCCGCUCAGGCCUCUACCAAGUAAGUGUCUUUGGCAGACUCUUCACCUGCAGUAUUUGAUUGUUUCCGGUCCGUGUUCUGAUCGUUUCCUCGAUCUCUUCUGCUGGAAAAAAUUGAGUGGAGGUGAAGUGGCCUGUUCCUUCCGGGAUUAGAUCUUUUCCACUUUGAAUCACCAAAGUUUCUACAGAUUUAAGUGCCAACUUCAUAAAAGCACAAAUACUUACCUUAACCUCGUUUUGGAAACUUCUGUGUGAGUCCUGACCUAUCUCAGACCAGCAGGCCUGCUACACGGCCUCUGCCAAGCAUGCAUGUGUCAGUGUUGGGGGAGACUUCCAGCUUCAGAUCAUAAAGUUCUUUAUUGCCAGAAUUUUAAGCCAUAAUAAACUAUGCUAUUCCAAAUGAA